UGGAGCUUCAGAAACUGCUGUUGAUAAGACACAAGACGCGGGUCUUCCUGUGAACCGGAACCAACAGUUUGACCCGGAAGCGGAAACAGCUGAUAUCCGGAUCAUUUGGAGCACGGCGGCAGCAGCUUUGUCGGUUUGAGCAGAAGAAGAGGAGCAGGAAGAUGUCCGAUGAGGAAGAUGCAGGUCCUGUCACAAAGAAGAGCCGUGUUUUCUACGGAAGCCUGGAGGAGAAGGAGCGUGAGCGCCUGAGUCUGCAGGCAGCAGGAAGUGAUGCAGUGAGGGCGGGGAUCAAGGCCGGAAACAUCAACAUUUCCUCAGGGGAAACUCUGGAGAUUGAGGAUCGAGUUAGCGAGCGGCAGCAGGAAGUGCUCGCUGAGUUCGAGCGGCGGCGGCGAGCCAGACAAAUAACAGUUUCCACCGACGACGCAGAGGUGAAGGCCGGCCUCCGAGCACUCGGGGAGCCAAUCACAUUGUUUGGAGAGGGGCCAGCUGACCGCCGGGAGAGGUUGAGAAGUGUUCUGUCUGUGGUUGGACCGGAUGCUCUGAAAAAGUCCAGGAAAGACGAAGAGAGAGCUCGGAGGUCCCAGGAACAGUGCCUGCAGACCUGGUAUCAUGAAGGCUCCGCCUCCCUGAAAGAAGCUCGACUCUGGAUGGCCAGAUAUUCUCUGCCGCGGGCAGUCGCACGCCUCGAAGCUGCUCGGGUUCAAAAAGAGGUUUCUGAAGCAAACAAGACCAUCCGGCAGCAGGAGCUGCACAAGAGCCUGAGGAAUCUCAACAACUUCUGCAGUCAGAUCGGAGAUGAUCGGCCAAUCAGCUUCUGCCACUUUAGCCCCGACUCCAGGAUGCUGGCCACCGCGUCCUGGAGUGGGCUGUGCAAGCUGUGGUCAGUCCCGGACUGCAACCUGAUCCGAACACUCCGAGGACACAACACCAACGUUGGCGCCAUCGUCUUCCGCCCGGAGGCUGGAAUCUCUCUAGACCAAUCAGACAUCAAUUUGGCCUCAUGUGCUGCUGAUGGAACAGUAAAGCUGUGGAACCUGGAGAGUGAUGAACCCGUGGCAGACAUUGAGGGUCACAGCGACAGAGUGUCUCGAGUGGCCUGGCAUCCCUCUGGAAGAUUUUUGGGGACAACCUGCUACGAUAACUCCUGGCGUCUGUGGGACCUGGAGGUCCAGGAGGAGAUCCUCCAUCAGGAGGGUCACAGCAAAGGAGUCCACGACCUGAGCUUCCACCCUGACGGCUCGCUGGUAGCCACUGGCGGGUUGGACUCAUUCGGAAGAGUCUGGGACCUGAGAACAGGGCGCUGUGUCGUCUUCCUGGAGGGACACCUGAAGGAGAUCUACAGUCUGCACUUCUCUCCCAACGGCCAUCAUUUGGCAACAGGAAGUGGUGACAAUACCUGUAAGGUUUGGGAAAUGCGCAACAGGAAGUGUCUGUACACAGUCCCGGCCCACCAGAACCUGCUGUCCACUGUCCGCUUCCAACCCACAGACGGUCACUUCCUGUUGACGGGGGCUUACGACAACACAGCAAAAGUGUGGAGCCACCCGGGAUGGACUCCAUUGAAGACCUUGGCUGGACAUGAGGGAAAGGUGAUGAGCGUGGACGUGUCGCCCGACGGGAAGCUGAUCGCCACCAGCUCGUACGAUCGAACGUUCAAACUCUGGUUGUCUGAGUGAUGUCAUCCUAAAUUCAAUCCUCAAUCUGACUCGUUCCAGUGCUGGUUUUAUGUUUUCUAAUAAAAAUUAAGCUCUCAGAUA